UGUAAAUAUGCAUGUAAAACGAAUAGAUUGUAGUAAUUUUUAUUAAUUAUAAUUUAAUUUAUAUAUCUUUAUUUGAUAAUAUACAUUGUUAAAAGUAAUGCAAUAAUAAGGUAAAUGAAAAAUCAUAUUUUAAUUGUAAAGUGUUGAAAAUAUUACAUUGAAUGAACCGAGUUAACACACAUAUUGACACAAGUGUAAGUGAAUCGCGUAUCGCUUCGUGAUGCGAUAACUAUAAGGUUACUAUGAUUACUCAAGCUGAAAAUCGUAUACCACUUUUAACACAAAACCACUGUGUAGUUUUUCGAACUAUCCGAUGUACCGACACUAAAAUUCUUAGUACGAACUUAAAAACUUGUGAGAACAUAACCUAGUUAACCUUAGAAGAAAACACACGAAUGUCAACAUUGUGUUAACUGGACGUACUGAAGAUGUGAUCUCAUCGGAAAAGUAGCAUUUGUCAAGUUGUACGUAAUGUCAUAAUAUUUUAUGUAAAAAAGAAAGUGUAAUGGAAAAUCAUUCCGUUAGAAUAAAUUAUGCGCUAACAUCUCGCGACACAGAACAACCAUUAAUACACGAUAGCCAAACUAAACAAUACGGAGAGAACAGUAAAAACCGUGAAGAAAUACUUGUAUUAACAAGCGAAGUAAAGGGUGGCUUGUUUUAUCCCAGGGCUUUGUUAUUUUUAACAUUAUGGUACUUCUUCAGUGGAUGUACUUUGUUUUUGAACAAAUACAUAUUAUCUUACAUGGAAGGCGAUCCUACAAUUUUGGGUGCUUGUCAGAUGUUAAUGACAGCUGUUUGUGGAUUUAUACAAAUGUAUUUUCCAUGCGGAAUGUACAAAGCAAAUCCUAGGUUAAUGAGGCCAGCAGGUUUUUAUAAGCAUAUGAUAUUGGUAGGAUGUACAAGAUUUACAACUGUAGUACUAGGAUUAGUGUCACUCAAUUAUGUAGCAGUGAGUUUUACAGAAACUAUUAAAAGUAGUGCUCCACUUUUUACCGUCCUUAUUAGCAGAUAUUUAUUAGGAGAACAUACAGGGUUAUAUGUAAAUUUAUCUUUAAUACCGGUAAUGGGUGGACUUGCUCUAUGUUCAGUAAAUGAAAUCAGUUUUGAUCUCAGGGGAUUUAUUGCUGCUAUGGCUACAAAUGUAACGGAAUGUUUGCAAAAUGUAUAUUCCAAAAUGUUAAUAAGCGGUGAUAAUUUUAAGUAUACACCUGCAGAGCUGCAAUUUUAUACCAGUAUAGCAUCAAUCGUGGUACAAGUACCAGUUUCAAUUUUAUUGGUAGAUUUAACAACACUUCAACAUUCUUUAAGUUUUAAAUUAUUCACAGCAUUUCUUCUGAAUGGAGUGUUUUUCCAUUUUCAAAGUAUCACUGCAUAUGUACUUAUGGAUUACAUCAGUCCUGUGACACAUAGUGUUGCUAAUACUGCAAAGAGAGCUUCAUUAAUUUGGCUUUCAGUUCUGUUGUUUAACAAUCCUGUGACUGGUUUAUCUGCAAUGGGAACAUCCUUGGUAAUAGCAGGAGUAUUAUUGUAUAAUCGUGCACAAGAAUAUGAUAGAUUGAACAAAGCAAAAUUACGAUACACUUCGAAAGUUAAUUUACAAUAAUUUUAUAUUAGUGUUAUUAAGGAUUUAUAAUUACUGAGAAUAAAUUAUUGUAUUAAGUGUAUUAUUCCAUGAAAAACUAAAACAAAUUUAGUUUUAAUUUCUACAAUCCAGUAUUUUAUUAAUUAUAAUAAUUUAUACUUUCAAUUAAAGUAAGACAAUGAAAAUAUAUUUUGCAUCCUAGAUGCAUCUUUUGAUAAAUAACUUUAAUUGCAUAUAUAUGACGAUAAAAUUAACGUAAUCGUAAAACAUUAUGUUAAAUACAAAAUACACUGUACAAAAAGAAUAAAGCGAUGUAAAUAAUCUUUUAAUAAAUAAACAUAUGCAUGUACAUACAUGCUUUAUAUAA